AUGUCGCCCAUAAGAAGAAAACUAGUAGUUGUUGGAGAUGGUGCAUGUGGAAAAACAAGCCUCCUGUCUGUGUUCUCUACAGAAAAGUUUCCCGAGUUUUACGUUCCAACCGUUUUCGAGACUGAUGUCUCUGACAUUGAGGUUAACGGCGAAAUGGUAGAGUUAGCUUUAUGGGAUACCGCUGGACAAGAGGCUUAUGACAGACUGCGACCUUUGUCUUAUCCUGACACUGAUGUUGUCUUGAUGUGCUUCUCCGUUGAUAGUCCUGACAGCUUAGCAAACGUCCUCGAAAAAUGGGUUCCUGAAGUAAGGCACUUCUGUGGCCAAAGGGUUCCUCUUAUUUUAGUCGGUAACAAGAUAGACUUGAGACACGAUAAAAACGUAAAGAACGAUUUGUCCAAGUUCAAACAAGCGCCUUUAACUAGCGAAGAGGGACGAGCAAUGUUUGAAAGGAUCAAAGCUUAUGCUUACAAGGAGUGUUCUGCAAAAACCAGAGAGGGAGUAAGAGAUGUGUUUGAAACGGCCGCUAAGGCUACACUGAAAACUAAGCUAUACAACCGUCGACCGUGGCUUAAGUGUGGUAUACUAUAACUAAAUGUGAAAUAUCCGAAAUCAGUUUAAAACCUCUCUGAGCUUUGGGGCCCGAGGGCUAAGUUUAGUUUCAAAGUCAUUACGCGCUAAAACGUUUUAAAAACAAAUGCAUGGUUGUCAUGUUUGUCUACAAGUAAACAUAACGAGGAAAAAAAAAUCUCUAAUUUCCCGGUCAUUUGAUUCACACUAUUUAUAUUUUUUCCACAAUGGCUGUUUUGUGUCUGGUGAGGUCUAUUAAAGAAACGUAAUCUUUUAACUCCAAGCAAUCUAAUAUUGGUAAACGACAAAAAUUAUAUUUUGUUCGAAAAAUUAACAUAAUAUUGUUGGUAGCUUCUCUUGGCCAAAUUCAAAGUCAAUGAAAAGGAUUCAAAAUUCGUAUUUUUAGACGUUUUGUUGUCCUCGAUAGGUUUGUUGACGACGGGUUUUUUUUCAUCAAAGUUUACAAGAUAAGAUUCCUCGGGGGCAGAAUAAGAUUUUUUCAUAUAUGAUAUAUAUUUUUAUUAGACAAAAGUGUAAAUUUACUGAUAUUGAUGUUAAUAGAAAUUGUAGAAAAUAAACAGUCUUAAUUCAAUAACAAUAGUAAUUUUUACUUUUUAUAAUAAUAUUCAGAUGGGCAUAACAACAAUUCAAAAUUGAAUACAUUCUUUAUUCUACACCAGGGACACGGCCAUGGGAAGAAAUUUCUGGAUGCCAGUCAUCUUUAACUUCAAACUCUCCUAACUAAUCUUUUAAGAUAUGACUUGUGGCUUGAAGGGAGAAUUACUUAUGAGAUCAAAGAAGUUAAAGAAUCUGAGGCUUCUUGAUGAUUUUAGAAUAUACAACAUAUCUUACGAUCACGAUUCUUCAAAAGAGCGGCUCUUGCAGCCGUUUCAAAUACAUCUCGAACUCCUUCCAAUGCUUUAGAAGAACAUUCUAGGUAAACAUUUCCCUUGAUUCGUUCACACAUCUCGUGCCCCUGUUCGCUUGUUACAGGAGAUUGGUUUAAAUUCGAUAACAUUUCUUCAAUCCUUUGGUCAUGUCUCAGAUCUUUCUUGUUUCCCAACUAAAAUUAUCGGUGCUUUAGGACAGUGCUGCCUCAAUUCAGGUGUCCAUUUUUUAGCGAUACUCUCCAAACUCUCUGGUCGAUCAAUGGAAAAGCACAUCACGAUAACAUCUGUGUUGGGAUAAGCCAGAGGUCGAACGACGUCGAAAUCAUCUUCUCCCACAGUGUCGCAAAACUCAAGCUCGACUGUUGUGCCAUCAACGUUGAGGUUAAAAACGUCAUUUUCAACUGUUCGAGGUUUAUACCCUUCAGGGAAUUUCCCGGCAGAGAAGGUCAUCAAAAGACAGGUUUUCCCGCAUAAACCGUCACCAACGAUGACGAACUUUUUUCUAAUUGCUGACAUGAUUAAUCCGCGAUCUGCAAAUGAGAAUGAGAUAGAAAGUGUUGAACAGCCCCUCCAAACGAAAAUUUGGGAAGCUAAGCCCCCCGCCAAUCCACUCCACCCCCGUUCGGCAAAUAUUCAUUUUGAUCGUUUUUUAGCGAAAUCAAAUGUCGUAAGAAUUUUUUCCAUUUGAACAGCUCCGGCCCGUGUUCCAAAAGGAGACAUUAAAGUUUGAGUAGGGGUAUGUACUUGGCUUAGCACACAGGAUGAGCCCCCCCCUACACUUCUAAGCGCUCCGCUACUUCUCUGUCAACCCUUUAAAUCCCAUGAGUGACCAAGACAGAUCUUCUCCUUACAAUAUCAAUACAAUAUGAUGCAGAAGAGUGAUGAGAACAGAGGAAAAUAUCAAUUACGAGAUUAUCAGUUGAUCCAAAACCAAAUUCUCGGAACUAACAUCAUAAGAAUUGUGUGGAAGUCAGUAAGGAGAAUCACUAAUGAGAUUGUGGAAUUAAAAGGGUUAAAAUAAUUAGUCUUCGAACUAUCUCUCUAUCAGAAGUAACCAAAGCAAGUUUUUCCUCUCGAUAUUAAUAAAAGAGAUGACAUGAAGUAAUUGUGUCAAUCAGAGAAUAUCGAUUGAUUCAAAAGCAAAUUCUCAGAGCUAAAAUUAUAAGAACUACAUGGCAGACAGUGCAGAAGAAUUGACAUUUUGAUCAUGUGAGAGAUAAGGUCAAGGUGAGGUUUCCUACCAUUUAAAACUGACUUAUUAUUUUGUCUUACAAUACGAUUUAGCGAUCCGUUCGAUACCUAGACAAGAACCCCCCCACCCCCUCCCUCCUUGAUUGAAAAGAGAGACCUCUUGAAAUUGAUACACCUCCCGUCCCAUAUGGCGUUCCAUUAUUCACACCAUUCCCCUCUCUUCCUUAAGGAGGUCCACUUGUCCGAUGACCCGAAUUCAAUGAUUGUGAUGUUUCAGAUAUAAUUUUCGAUCGAAUGAUUUGAAAUCAUUUGCGGGAGAAAACCCGCGUAUAACAAAUCGUGAUUCAAGCACAAAACUGUCAGUCGAAAAAUAAAUUCCCUGACUAAUUUCCUUAUUAUAAGACUUCAAUGUCAAUAUCGCGCUCGUUCUCAUCGAACCAUGCAAUGUUGCGAAAUCCACACUUGCUCAGAUUCUGUCAUUAUCGACGUUAUGAUGACAGCGAAGCAUAGCGACGUACUUUCUUACUUACCUUAAAACCACAGGCUCUAAUAUGAGGGGAAAAAAGCAGUGAACUGCAACUGAAAAACAAUUGAUUCUAUCUAGAAGUUUCACAAGAGGAAAUGAUAUCAAACGGAAAUGACGCCACUCUUGUCACGCAAGUCGCUUGUCACUCAUACCGGGAGAAUGACAUAAGAAAGUAUUUUUUAAAACUAUAAAAUGUUGUUUCUCUCGAAAAGAUUUGAAAUGAGAAUUUUUGAUAACACAAGUGCUCGUUUUAAAAGCGCUGUUCAUUGACCUAAGGGGGAUCCAAAAGAACUAAGACCGAGAGCGUUGGGAAACAGGUUUAUGUCUGAGGCUGUCUUUAGAUCAAGCAUAUCAUAUCAUAUCCUUCGACGUCAAUUCCCAAGGACGAGCACUUGUAAAAUCAAUCGCACUUUGAAAGAAGAAAGUGGUUACAAAAACGCAAGAGAUUUUCAUCACUUCCUGACAAGACAAAACGACAGCAUUUUUCUAAACAUACUAUGACAAAAAUAGAUGCUCAUAUGUCUGACCAAAAUUAAACACGAUCCAUUCGAUUUUUUAAGUCCAUGUAAUAUAUAAUUACUGUAUCCUUCGAAAGUGAAGGAAAUUUUGACAAUAUGGCAUAAUUAUAUAUCGUAAGCUUAGUUUGCAUAAAUUAAAAACAUGACUCAUCGAUGUUUUUGUUUAUUCAAGCUUAGGCAUUAAAUUUAAAAGUAGAUGAGGGGUUUUCAACCAAUCAGAAGCCCGGAUGACAUACUAGAGGUAUAUUCCCUGAUGUCAUAUACAGUUUCCAAUAAUAACUCCUCCGCUUGAACAGAAUAAAUUCAGGAAUCUGACAGUUAUCUCUCAUUCACGAGUUGGACUUCGCAGUCAAAUAUCGGACAUUUUACCUAUUUCAGACUUGUUCACGCACGACCUCCUUAGAAGUGAUUUUUAUUAAGGUACGUAUUGAGGAAUGACUCAGAAUGUACGGCCAAUUCCACAAUUUACUUUUCGCUAAAUGAAUAUCUUUGUAUAAUACAAAAAACCAUUAGAAUUGUUGUGAAGUUAACGGGAAUGAUUAUAAACAGCUGGUUCGUGCAUAAGCUGUGCCUUUAGCGAGAUUUGAAGCACUCGGGAAGUUUGAAGAGAGCAUGCGAUGACGCUCGGUUGCGCCGAGCAACUCUUAUUUUUAUAGGGCCCUCCAAAGUAUCUAAGUGCUUUAUUUCACGAGUAACUCACAACUGAAACAUAAAAACAUUGUUUUAUAUCGUCUACAAAGUGGGAAUUUUAAUGAGAAGGUUCCCGCUGUUACGCUUCAAUGCUCACUGACCGGCAAGCGUGAAGUAAUUGGGCGAAGUAAUUAAACGCAAAGCACGCUCGCACUGUUGAAACGAAUUACAAUAGAUGCAUGCAAUAUCAUUAUUUGAAAAAGUUACUGGCAUUGUUUAUACCUACGGUUUGAUCUUUUAAGCGAAAAAUAAUGAUCUCCAGAGUGCCUAAGUUCAAACUGUUUCCCUUCAAAACACGAUCUCGCGUUUUUCCUUACCAUUUAGAAUAAUGUUCAAACAUUUGUAUCUCAGUAAAAAAUAAGAAUUUUUCUUCAAAGUCAUGGGCUAUGUAUGUUUGUUGAACUAUUUUUAAUAUAAAGCACACUAAAUACUUCCUCCUUUUUGCUUUGUCAGACUGAGGAUUCAGUAAUGUCGUUAUCUGCCACGAGGAAAAAACUGGUCAUUGUAGGCGAUGGCGCCUGUGGGAAAACCUGCCUUCUGUUCGUAUUUUCUAGAGAUGAAUUCCCCGAAACUCAUGUGCCAACAGUUUUCGACACUUAUGUAGCUGAUAUGGAAGUUGAUGGAAAAAUGAUAGAGUUAGCACUUUGGGAUACAGCUGGACAGGAAGAUUAUGACAGGCUUCGACCUCUGUCUUAUCCCGACACUCAUGUUGUCCUGAUGUGCUUCUCUGUUGAUAAUCCCGACAGUUUUGAGAAUAUCCCUGAAAAAUGGGCUCCUGAAGUAAGACAUUUCUGCCCAUUUGUACCGAUCAUUUUGGUAGCUAAUAAGAAAGAUUUGAGACACAACGAAAGUGUGAAGAAAGAGCUUGCGAUUUAUAAACGAGCGCCGAUAUCAAGCGAGGAAGGAUCAGUUAUGUGUGAAAGAAUCAAAGCUCAUGCUUACUUGGAAUGUUCAGCCAGAACGAGAGAGGGAGUCCGAGAUGUGUUUGAAACGGCUGCCAGGGCUGCGCUUAGAUCGAAACCAUACAAGCCUCGUCGAUCAUGGCAAAAAUGUCGUCUAUUGUAAAAGUUUGGCCAGAUGGGGUUUGCAGCAGUGUAGCGUGGAAUGGAACUCGAUAUUCUUUCCGAACUGAGAACCGUCAGUUAGAAACAAUCAGAACAACUGAUCAUGAAAAAACAGUGACCUUUAUGUUCUCCGUUAUCAUUUAACAUUCGCGAAAUUCUCAGGCUUCUGAUUUAGAUUCAUAGUUUAACUCAACGCAGAGCGUAAUCUAAAAUAAUUAAAAUUAAUUUAUGAACAUUUUGAUGCUCUCAUUUCAAUUUGUAACUAUUUUGACACGGCUUAACAGACAGCAGGUUUUUUUUGUUUUUGUUUUUUUUGAAAUGUUUUGGUAGUCUAGUCUAUUCUUUUUCCAGUUACAAGGUAAGAGUCGCCACCCUAGACCCUGGAAAAAAUCUCGGUAUUCAAUUUUAGGAAUUAAAGGGCUUACAGGCAGAAGAAAAUGUUCACGAAGUAAUCAAAAUCUUCGAAGGAAUUUAUGGAGGUCUAUCUCCUUAAGUCAAUUCAGGAAAUACCGGUUCUUUAAAUUGAGAGGACAAAAACACAAACAAGGCAUCUUCUCAAGGAGUUAUAUAAUGCUUCAGAUGAUUUUUGCAAAUUCAAAUUGCCUGCACAACAGGCGUAAUUUGUUCACGUUUCACAGGCGAACAAAGAUAAGAGCGAGUCGUGAACCUAACUCAGUCUGUCAAAUUCGCUAUUUGCAGUAAACCUUUGCUAUCUCCACUCUUCAAUAUCCAUGUCAAGUGAAGUCAAUUUUAUCUUUAACUCACACGAACUUUUGCUAGUAAGAUAAGUUAUUAUUGAAACACAUUGGUGUGAGAAAAAAAAGCUCAAUAACUACUUGAAAUAGAUGAAAAAAAGAAGGGAAUAGUAAAGUAUCGAAAAAAAACAAUAGCACUAUUGUUGUGUGUGUGUGUGGAGUUUGAUACACCGGAAGAGUUCAAGGUACGAAUGGAGUGGGUGCCGCAAAGUGACUGAUCAAUACAAGGAAAAUGAAAAUGGAAUAACUUACUAGUUAGAUUAGUAAUUUUACUUCAUACAAUUGCUGUCAAGACAUGCUAUAAACAGCUAAAAAUUAAUAACACUGUUUAUCUCAGAGUCCUGUUUACUCUGAUGAAAGCUACAGAAGGAAGUUAUUAUUUUGACAGUUGGCGAAUUCAAAACUUGGGCUGUUUUGUUGAUAUUAUUGUUCUGUUAUGCUUUGUUCUUGCCUCGUCAAAAAGGCAAUUUUUUUUGCUUCCCCACCCGCAGUAAAUUUCUCACGAAUUUACUUCCAAUAUUUCAGCAAUUAAAGACGACCAAAAAAAAAGGCACCGAAAUCAUUGUGUGUUUCAACUGAGCUCUUCAUUUCCAUCGAUUAUCGAAUGAGUUUUCUCGAUAGAGCGUCAAACUCCAAACUCCCAGGCAGUAACAAACGUGAUUUUGUAGAGAUUUUUUGCAUGCACUUUUAAAGCCGAAUCCCAAAAGCUGAGCUAUAGCGGGUAUUUUUUCUCCGCCGAGGCAAUCAAGGCCAUAAAUAUUUACGAUCCCGCAAUCCCCCGACGCACGUACAGAACGAGGAAGCGGAAAUGACGUCAGCUGAAUUAAGUUCCGCAAAACGAUUUUGACGCGAUAAGAACGCCGGCCAAAUCAAACAUUAUUUCGUUAUUGGUUUCUAUUCAAGCCAACUAAAGGCCAAAAGGAUACAACGCAAGGACUUUUCCUGAUGUUUUCAUCAGUGGCCAAUAAUUACUGCUCUGCCCUGAUACAGUAGUAUAAAAUGAAGGCACCUAAAAGUUUACCAUAAUCGUCAGUGGCUUAUCCUGAGAUCUGGGAAUUUUGGCUCACUCGACGAACUGUAUUUGAUAAGAAGAGGUCAUCAAGAGGUAAUAUUUCUUUGAGGUAAGCGGAAAAUUUGAUCGCCAACAUUUUAAUUCUACAUACAUUUAUUGAUAAUUGUUAAAAUCUGCGCAGAUGUCCAUAAACAAAUCUAUGAAUUCAUUAGAUAAUCUCUUGCGUCGAUGUUUAGCGCGUCACGCAAGGCUUUGCGUGACUCAAACAACGGGAUGAGGUGGUAGGGGGAAUAAUGUAAAGGUAAAUGGGGGGGGGAGAAGGUUUAUUCUUACACCUCCCCUCUUAUUUAUUUAUUCGCUCUGAAAUUUGAGUAUGGUGAUGAACUUCUCAAGCAAAGAGUUUCGUGUGAAAUUUACUCUCUGCUUUAUUUUGCAGGUUCAACUGAGAAAUCCACUGAUCAUGUCAUAUAUCUGUAAAAAAUUGGUAGUUGUAGGUGAUAGUGGCUGUGGAAAAACUUCUCUUAUGACGUCGUUCGCUUGCAAAAAAUUCCCCGAAGAAUUUGUGCCGACACUUUUUGACGGUGGAUAUCGGGCUGAGAUUACAGUUGAUGGAGAUACGGUUGGGCUGGCAUUUUGGGAUACAGUAGGAAAAGAAGUGGAAUACGAUAGGCUGCGACCUCUGUCUUAUACUGACGCUGAUGUUAUUUUGAUGUGUUUCUCCAUUGAUAGUCCUGAUAGUUUAAAGAAUAUCCCUGAACAAUGGACUCCUGAAGUAAGGCACUUCUGCCCCAAUGUACCUAUCAUUUUGGUUGGCAACAAGAGAGAUUUGAGAAACGACAGAAAUGUAAUAAACGAGCUAUGGAAACUGAAGCAAGCGCCUGUUACCAGCGAGGAAGGAUUUAAGAUGUGUCGAGAGAUCAAAGGUCAUUUAUAUCUAGAAUGUUCUGCUAAAGCAAUGGAAGGAGUUAGAGAUGUAUUUGAAACGGCUGCUAAGGUCUCGCUGAAAACAACGUGUCGUUGCCGUAGAUAUAAAUGUGGAAUUCUGUAACUAGUUAUUGCUUUUCUAGAUCAAUGCCAGGAGCUCAGCGAUUACGCACCUACCCCUCCCCUAGCCCAACAUUGACCCUAACUUGUUAUCAGUUGACUGUUGUGAGUUAGGAGAGGGGUAGGUGUGCAGUUGAUCAAACACCGACAUUGAUCCACCUCGAUUGGUUGGCAGAGGCGGAUCCACGAAUUUUGGACAGAGAGGUGGGUGUUCAAACUCUGUUUCAGAGAACGCAAAAAUGUUUUUCAUACAAGAGCUUAAGAACGUAUAGAAAUGCCCGGUAUUUCAAGACAAGUAGAUUCUAAAUACUUCACAUUGAGUAAUAACAUGCAAUCCUAUCGAUGCAAGAGUUGAGGGUGUCAUUCAAGAGGUAAAAAAUACUCACAGGUGUGAUGCAAGGAGUAUUAAACUGGUGAAUUCGCCCCAUCAAAACUUCGCCCUCAUCCACCGUUAUUUGUGAGUUCGCUCCCUGUUGCAUGUUGGUCGCAAAAAUAUCAUGUUUUCGAGUGGAAAUUUAUAAGUUCUGUGAUAUGGAAACGAGUCGAAAGAUUUGGGGGCGAACUGUUUAAGGUGGGAGCGAAUUUGUCUUUACGUUAGAGGCGAACUCGCAAAGGUGAUAGUGGGCGAACUUCCAAGGGGGCGAAGUCAUUAUAAACCGUAAGAGCUUACCCGCAGGCUAAAGGAGAAGUUCGAAAUGUCGUGUUAAGCUUUGGCUUUCAGUUUUGCUCUAUAUAACCUCUACAUCGUAUUACUUUUAAGCGACAAUGGUCAUAUACAGACAUCUGUCGCUCAGAGCGAUUACUCUAAGCUACUUAAGCUUUAGACCCUCAGCCACAAAAAAAUCUUCAGACUUAAGAGCUUUAAAAGAAAUACGAUACUUCAGGCUGCCGGCUGUAACAUCAUGGAAGACCCGUGACUUUUUAAACUGAGGUACCAUUCGCCAAUUGCAUGUUUACUAACCGAAUAUUUUCUAAAUUGUUCAAAGAAAUUAUUCUGAAAUGUUAACGACAAGAAUUACAGUAAUAAGCUCCAAAUGUUUAUCUUACUCUUGUAAUCCAUAAUAAAUUUAUUAUUUUCUUACUGAUGAAUAAAAAAAAUUUCGUUAUCUGUUUGGUCACGCAAGAUAAAUUUUUUUCAAAAAAAUUUUCUCGACACUACCUAAAUUAUUCAUCACGGUACAAUAAUCUGCAUUCUAUGUGGUAAAGAUUGCAGAGUUAUCGUCUAAUAAUGAUAUUAAUACCAAGAAUGAUAGUAAUAACGAUGAAAUGAUUACGAAAGUUGACGAUUUUGGGCGGGUCUACCUAAUCCUCUGACCCUCAUCCUCCUGAUUAAAAUUCCUGGUUUUCAUGUAAAUUAAGCCUCGCAAAAAAUACUUUGUAUUCUUUUGCUCAAGUAGGAGGCGUUUUAGUGUCUUUUUACCAGACAGCCGCUGUAAUAUUUGUCUGGACGCGUACAAAGAUUACGCCUGUUGUGAGGGUUAAAUAAAACUUCAACCUCGUGUUGAUGGAACCAUCGCUGAACUGUCAGUUGCUACUAUGACUUACUCUACAAGAGGGUUUGCGUAACGCUGUAUCAUGAAGGACAUGAAAGGAAACAGUUUAUCAGGGCAAAAAUGAAGAAAGCGUUGAUAAUUUUUUUGGGGCUGAUACUUAGCCUGGCCCAAAUACUGAAAACUUCAAACUUUUUGAAGUCAAGUGAGGGUUAUAGCCUAUAGCGUGUCAUAUCACAACAGGGGCGGUUUCAAGUUGGGGCGUACUUGUUUCCGAUAUAAAUAUAUCUCUCUCUCAGAAAAUUCUAGAAUGAACAGAAGGAAAGACCUAUAUCUGUUCCCGUCUCAAAAAUGUCUGAGUUUAGUUCGGAAUCGCAACGUACUUAUCGUAUUAGGCACUUUUUUGUCUCUAUGUUUCCGAUUACAUGUUCUCGAACAGUUCUUGUCACGGGAAGUCUUAUGCCGCAUUCACACCAAAGCUUAAACAUGUUUAAAAGUUGUUUUGUUAAACACAGUUUAAUUUUUUUUUUCUUUUUAGAAACUAUUUAACCGAAUAUUUUUGACUUGAAUGUAGCACAUUGGAAAUGCAAGUUAGCAAGUACUUGAAUCCAAUGGAAAAUCAAGUUUUUCAGUGCUCUGUUUAUAAUUUUCAUUCAAUGAAAACCAGUUUAACAAAACAUGUUUUGCUGGUGUGAAUGGGGUAUUAGUCGAAUGUCACGCAUCGCUUAUUGACAGCACAGAACCGAAAUACACUAUUGAUACAAUCAAAACUGGAUUACAUUAGCUCAUGUUUUGCCUAUUGGCAUUAAUAGAGAAAAAAUCAAUCUUGAAAAAUAGAAAAAAGAAACUUUGCGCGAACCAGCAUCCCCUUGAAGGAUCACGAAGAUCUAAAGUCUAUUUUUGGAAAACACGUGUGAUCGACGUGUAAACUGAGGUCAGCGGUAAGAAUAGCAGAACCCCCCCGACUACACUGUAGCAGAAGAACGGGUUGUCGCUCGUUGAUCCUUCGUUCCAGUCACUGUCGGGAGUAUUCUAAACCCACGAUAAGGGACAGUGUUCUUUACAUUUGAAAGGUAGGUUAUUAAACACAAUUACAUCUAAAAGAAAGCUUAGAAUCGUAGAUCAGGGUCUCAUUGCCAAAUAUGCAACGUGAAUCAAACUUGAAAAUGGCGGCCAUUUCGUUAAAAGUAUUUUUUGGGUCACAGAAGCGCUCAUCUGAAUUUGUUGUGCGAGUAUUUUAGUGUUUGUCCGCCGCUCAUUCCGUCAUCAGACCUUCAUUUUUCAAAUGGUGUUAUGUAAUUUAUUGGAUUCGUUAUACCAAUUUGAAGAGAUUCCAAUAUCAUGUCCUCUUUUCUUUCCUUUCACUCUUAACUCGCUGGUUCCAUCUGAUUGGCUAAACUUAAGGAGAGUUUAAAAGUCUGGUAGUCGAGCAUCUUGGUUGGUAAAAUGUUUUUGAAAGAUUCAAUCAAGUUUUCUGUGAAUGUGAAUAAAGAAAAAUUUUCAGAUGACCUUUCGACACCCAGCUGAUUUACACCAGACCAACUGAACUCAAACAAGAGACUUGGGAUGGUGAUGUCAACACUAACAUUGCUGAAAAUAGUAAAAUUAUCAACUUUUUCUAAGGGAAUUCCAAAAUCCGUGGUAAUGUUAGUCACUGCUCCUGAAAAAAGCAGUUUUUGGGACUACUCUCACACCAAAGAUCUUGGUUCAAAUUAUUUAUGGUCUGGUGACAUAAGUUGGUUUUCAUCAACUGAGUUGAUAAUGUAAAUUGGCCACUGUAAAUAUUUUCAUGCUGAUGCUGAUGUGUCGAGCAGUGAAUAGUGGGUUGUGUGCAGUUUGUUGCAGAAAGAUGGAGCCACGCUAUUGGUGGAAGAUUGCAUUGUGUAUUUUCUGCUACUGUGUUCCCACCAAUACCAUAGCUUAAUUUUUCUCUACAUAAAUUGUACAUCACACACAAUUCCACUUUUUUCUCUGGUGAAGGUCUAACACUCUAAAUGUUAGCUUUAGAAACUUUACCAUGACCAAUUCACUUCAUCAAGUCAUUUGAUAUAGUAAAGUUAUCUUUAAUACUCCCCAUCAACACAGCACUAUAGUUUCUUUCUCUUGUAUGGUGAGAUUACCUUGGGGAGAUUUUAAAAAAUCAUCUGUUACUGCUUGUGAUUGACACUUCAACAAUGAGACAAUAACGUGGAAAUAUUGAAAAGAACCAUUCAGAUUAAUGAAGUAUCAGCCACUUACCAAUAAACACUUUUUGACCAGCAUCUUAUGUUUCCUAACAAUAUCACCUUUGAAUCACACAUAAAAGUCAUGAGAAAAAAGGAAAUAAUCACCAAAUAAAGAAGCUAUGGAUAUUUCAACAAAUUCUCCUUGUCAGCUCCUUAAGAAAUUUAUAGGGGACAUUGUGGAAAUUAUGCAUAUUGAUAUUAAGUGUAAAAGGUUACAAACCAUUCCAGGACCACUUUCACUUAAAAAAUCACACAGUGACUAUAUGAUGAAGAACUUGAAAGCUGUGCAAUAUAAGUGUAGAUUGAAAAUGCCUAUCUGGAGAAGCUAUAGCAAAUUUUUCUUGGAGAUGCAGAAAAUGUGAUUUGACUAACUUGACUGUACAGUUCUUUCCCUAGAUUGAUGAUUUAAGAUGGCAGCAAUACGCAAAAAACUUGUGAUUGUGGGUGAUGGUGCCUGUGGCAAGACCUGUUUACUGAUUGUGUUCUCUAAAGAUGAGUUCCCUGAAGUGUAUGUGCCUACAGUGUUUGAAAAUUAUGUGGCUGACAUUGAAGUUGAUGGCAAGACAGUAGAGUUAGCAUUAUGGGAUACAGCAGGACAAGAAGACUACGAUAGGCUACGACCUCUGUCUUAUCCCGACACUGAUGUUAUCCUGAUGUGCUUCUCCAUCGAUAGUCCUGACAGUUUGGAGAACAUCCCUGAAAAAUGGACUCCUGAAGUGAAGCAUUUCUGUCCAAAUGUCCCAAUCAUUUUGGUUGGUAAUAAGAGAGAUCUCAGAGAUGAUGAACACGUCAAGAAAGAAUUGGCAAAGAUGAAACAAGAGCCAGUCAAACAUGAAGAAGGAACUCAAAUGUGUGAAAAGAUCAAUGGGUAUGCAUACUUGGAGUGUUCGGCAAAAACAAAGGAUGGAGUGAUAGCUGUUUUUAGAACAGCUACAAAAGCUGCCCUUGAUACCAAAGCAAAGAAGAAAAAAAUGAAAUGUUGCAUAGUUUGA